GGAUCCUCAGCCUCGCUCCCAAUACACCGGGGCCACCGCGACCGGCGACCCCCGCCCCUAAGUGCGGGCAGGGCGCCUCCAUCCUCUCGGCCCCGCCCAGGCCCAGACCCCUUUAUCUUCCGGCAGCGACGCCCCACCCGGAGCCGGGCCAUUCCCCGCAGCCCCGCUGCCGCCGCAGGUUCGGGCUAGUCCGGGGCGGGGAAAGGGCGUGAGGAGGGCGGGCACGCAGAGCAUCUUUAAAGGCCCACGACUCCCCGGAGGCGCCUCGACAGCCGCCGGCGGCCCCGGGCAAUCCCCACCAGCGCGCAGGACCCGGCUCCGCGCCCGAACUGCCCGGGGCGCCAUGGGCCGCUACCGCAUCCGCGUGGCCACCGGGGCCUGGCUCUUCUCCGGGUCUCACAACCGCGUGCAGCUGUGGCUGGUCGGGACGCGCGGGGAGGCGGAGCUGCAGCUGCGGCUGCGGCCGGCGCGGGGCCAGGAGGAGGAGUUUGAUCGCGACAUCCCCAAGGACUUGGGGCCCCUACAGUUUGUGAAGUUGUGCAAACACCACUCCCUGGUGGACGACGCGUGGUUCUGCGACCUCAUCACGGUUCAGGGCCCGGGAGCCUGCGAGGAGGCCGCCUUCCCCUGCUACCGCUGGGUGCAGGGCCAGGGCGUGCUGAGCCUGCCAGAGGGCACCGCACGCCUGCCAGGAGACAAUGCCCUGGACGUGUUCCAGAAGCAUCGAGAGAAAGAACUGAAGGAAAGACAAAAGCUGUACUGCUGGGACACCUGGAAGGAGGGGCUACCCCUGACGAUAGCAGCCGGGUGUCAAGAUGAUCUGCCUCCGAACAUGAGGUUCCACGAGGACAAGAGGCUAGACUUCGAGUGGGCGCUGAAGGCGGGGGCGCUGGAGAUGGUCCUCAAACGUGUUUACACCCUCCUGAGCCCCUGGAACCGCCUGGAGGAUUUUGAUCAGAUCUUCUGGGGCCAGAAGAGCGCCCUGGCUGAGAAGGUUCACCAGUGCUGGCGGGAUGACGAGCUUUUCGGCUACCAGUUCCUCAAUGGGGCCAACCCCAUGCUGCUGAGACGCUCCGCCUCCCUGCCCUCCCGGCUGGUGCUGCCCCCAGGGCUCGAGGCACUGGGGACCCAGCUGGAGAGCGAACUCCAGAAUGGUUCCCUGUUUGAGGCCGACUUCAUCCUGCUGGAUGGAAUUCCAGCCAACGUGAUCCGGGGUGAGAAGCAGUACGUGGCCGCCCCUCUCGUCCUGCUGAAGAUGGAACCCGACGGGAGGCUGCUGCCUGUGGCCAUCCAGAUCCAGCCCCCCAGCCCCAGAUCCCCGACCCCGCCGCUGUUCCUGCCCUCAGAUCCCCCACUCGCCUGGCUCCUGGCAAAGACCUGGGUCCGAAAUUCCGACUUCCAGCUCCACCAGCUCCAGUACCACCUCCUCAACACUCACCUGGUGGCCGAGGUCAUCGCUGUGGCCACCAUGAGGCACCUCCCGGGGCUGCACCCUGUCUUCAAGCUCCUGAUCCCACACAUCCGCUAUACCUUGGAGAUCAACACCCGGGCCAGAUCCCAGCUCAUCUCAGAAGGAGGGAUAUUUGAUAAGGCGGUGAGCACGGGUGGCGGGGGCCACGUGCACUUGCUGCGUCGGGCCAUGGCUCAGCUGACCUACUGCUCCCUCUGUCCCCCUGACGACCUGGCUGACCGGGGCCUGCUGGGAAUCCCAAGUGCCCUCUACGCCCAUGACGCUUUACGGCUCUGGGGGAUCAUCGCCCGAUACGUGGAAGGCAUCGUCCGCCUCUUCUACCACAGGGACGACAUUGUGAGAGGGGACCCGGAGCUGCAGGCCUGGUGUCGGGAAAUCACCGAGGUGGGGCUGUGCCAGGCCCAGGACCGAGGUUUCCCCAUCUCCUUCCAGUCCCAGAAGCAACUCUGCCAUUUCCUUACCAUGUGUGUCUUCACAUGCACUGCUCAGCACGGGGCCAUCAACCAGGGCCAGGGUUGCAGUUUCUUCCCCCAGCUGGACUGGUAUGCCUGGGUCCCUAACGCCCCAUGCACAAUGCGGAUGCCCCCGCCCACCUCCAAGGAAGAAAUAACGAUGGCCACGGUGAUGGCUUCACUACCUGAUAUCCGACAGGCCUGUCUUCAAAUGACCAUCACGUGGCAUCUGGGUCGCCGCCAGCCAGACAUGGUAAGAGGGGGCUCUGGGGAAAGGGAAAUGACAGUUGGAAGGGAAACAUCGGAACAGGGGCUAGGCCCUCCGUGCUUCUGCCUCUGGACUAGAAACUGAUGCAUCCUUUGUCCUUUCCUAGGUGCCUCUGGGGCAUCACAAAGAAAAGUAUUUCUCAAGUCCCAAGGCCAAGGCGGUAUUAAACCAAUUCCAAACAGAUUUGGAAAACCUAGAAAGAGAGAUCACGGCCCGGAAUACGCAACUCGACCUGCCGUAUGACUACCUGAAACCCAGCCGCAUAGAGAACAGCAUCACUAUCUGAGGCCUGUGGCAUCCCCACCUCCAAGACUUCAGAUUAGCUCCAGGACUGUUUCCAGUUUGAAUGUCAUGGUUUCCAGAGUCUCUGCAGCUAAAGCUCUAUUUUCUCCCCCAACCAAAUCCCCAACGUCGUUAUCCCCCCUGCCCAGGGAGGGCAGCAAACCUUUUCCAUAAAGGCCAGAUGAUAAAUAUUUUAGUAUUUGUGAGGCUGCAUCAUCUCUGUCCUAAUUCCUUAGCUUUCCCAACAGAGCACAGAAGCAGCCACCAGAUGAUGUGGAAGUUAAGGAGCGUGACCGUGUUCCCAUAAAAAAUUACUUAAGAACAGUGAAAUAUGUCACAAAAUUCUCUUCUUCCUUUGGUUGGGUCCACCGUUUAAAUAUGCAAAGAGGAUCUGUGCUUUGCCAGAUGGACAGGCACAGGCUGUGGGUUGGAUCUGACCUUCAGGGGCCAUCCUCGCACCAGGUAACCCCGCAUUAGCCUGAGGCACUGACCCUACUUGCCAAACAGCCAGAGGAUGCUCUGAGGGCGGAUGGGGAAGAUUUCCUGUAUAAAUCAACUACCUCAACUAAUUCUCCUUUCCCAGGAGCUAGAUCCCCUACACCGGCGGCCAACCUAAAACUUCAGGACUCUGUGCUUUGGCAACGUUCCCUCCACCCUGUUCCCCCUCUUCAGGCACCUACCCCAAAAGUCCUCCAGUAAGAAUGGUGUUCCUGGGGAGAACAAAAACCUGCCAUCCCUGGAUGGCUCCCUCCCCUCCCCCGGCAGCCUCGAGCUAAGGAGACCUGAGAUUCCUGUCCCAGGGCCCCUUUCCCAGCCCCUGCAAUAGUAUUCCCGAGUCUGUAUGUGUUUCCCUGGGUCCGAGUUUUCUGUCACAAGCUGUUUAAGAACAAUAAGCAUAAAAUAAAUGGGAAAAAAUGUUAGAGUCA